AGAGCUCGGGGGCUGUCGGUGGGGACCUUGCAGGAGGGCACCGCCAGCCCGCCCAGCCCAGCCCCUGCGCGCAGCCCGGGCCGGGUAGGACCCCGCGCACCCCUCGCCAUGGCGGCGCCCUCGCGGCUCUUGAUCCGCGGGGGUCGCGUGGUCAACGACGACUUCUCGGAGGUGGCCGACGUGCUGGUGGAGGACGGCGUGGUGCGGGCGCUCGGGCACUACCUGCUGCCUCCCGGGGGCUCUCCUGCGGGACUGCGGGUCCUCGACGCCGCCGGCAAGCUCGUCCUGCCCGGAGGCAUCGACACACACACGCACAUGCAGUUCCCCUUCAUGGGCUCGCGGUCUAUCGACGAUUUCCACCAGGGCACCAAGGCUGCUCUCGCAGGAGGCACCACCAUGAUUAUUGAUUUCACCAUUCCUCAGAAAGGUGGCUCCCUCAUUGAGGCCUUCGAGACCUGGCGAAGCUGGGCUGAUCCCAAAGUUUGCUGCGACUACAGCCUUCAUGUGGCAGUGACGUGGUGGAGUGACCAGGUUAAAGAAGAAAUGAAAAUCCUUGUGCAAGAUAAAGGUGUUAACUCUUUCAAGAUGUUUAUGGCCUAUAAAGAUCUGUACAUGGUGACAGACCUGGAGCUGUACGAAGCCUUCUCUCGCUGCAAGGAAAUUGGAGCAAUUGCCCAGGUCCAUGCAGAAAAUGGAGACUUAAUUGCAGAGGGAGCAAAGAAGAUGUUGGCUCUGGGGAUAACAGGCCCUGAGGGCCACGAGCUGUGCCGCCCAGAGGCAGUGGAGGCAGAGGCCACGCUGAGAGCCAUCACCAUAGCCAGCGCUGUGAACUGUCCUCUCUACAUUGUGCAUGUGAUGAGCAAGUCUGCAGCUAAGGUGAUAGCGGAUGCAAGGAGAGACGGGAAGGUGGUCUAUGGUGAACCCAUAGCAGCCAGUCUUGGCACAGAUGGCACUCACUACUGGAAUAAAGAAUGGCACCAUGCAGCCCACCAUGUCAUGGGUCCACCUUUGCGACCAGACCCCUCAACACCCGACUUCCUCAUGAACCUGUUGGCUAAUGAUGAUCUAACCACAACAGGGACUGAUAACUGCACUUUCAACACCUGCCAGAAAGCUCUUGGGAAGGAUGAUUUUACCAAGAUCCCCAAUGGGGUGAAUGGUGUUGAAGAUCGGAUGUCAGUAAUAUGGGAAAAAGGCGUGCAUAGUGGUAAAAUGGAUGAAAACAGAUUUGUGGCAGUUACCAGCACAAAUGCAGCCAAAAUCUUUAAUCUCUAUCCAAGAAAAGGAAGAAUAGCUGUAGGAUCAGAUGCUGACAUUGUUAUUUGGGACCCAAAAGCCACAAGGACUAUCUCAGCAAAAACUCAUCAUCAGGCUGUUAACUUCAACAUUUUCGAGGGCAUGGUUUGCCACGGGGUGCCCCUUGUGACUAUUUCAAGAGGCAAAGUGGUAUAUGAAGCCGGAGUGUUCAGUGUCACGGCAGGAGAUGGGAAGUUUAUUCCUCGAAAACCAUUUGCUGAAUAUAUUUACAAACGAAUAAAGCAGCGAGACCAGCUUGACUGCCUUAUUGCUCUACAUCAAAGCAGGACGAAACCAUCUGAUGUCAUCUUAGAAUCUUCUAGUCUCCUCUGAGUCACAGCUGAUGGCUACUGCUGCUCAAUAGUACAAUUACAAAACCAAAACUGAAAGACAAACCCUUCAGCCAAUAGCAAUAGACUAUUGUCCUCCUGUUUACUUUUGUGGGUUCCCUGAUUGAUAUGGUUUGGCUGUGUCCCCACCAAAUCUCAUCUUGGAUUAUAGUUCCCAUAAUCCCCACAUGUGGUGGGAGGUAACUGAAUCAUGGGGGAAGUUACCCUCAUGCUGUUCUCAUGACAGUGAGUGAGUUCUCACAAAACCUGAUGGUCUUAUAAGGGGCUUUCCCCCACUUUGCUCAGCACUUCUCCUUGCUGUCACCAUGUGAAGAAGUACAUGUUUGUUUCUCCCUCAACCACGAUUGUUAAGUCUUCUGAGGCCUCCCCAGCCCUGCAGAACUGUGAAUCAAUUAAACCCCUUUCCUUUAUAAAUUACCCAGUCUCAGGUAUGUCUUUAUUUGCAGCAUGAGAACAGACUAAUACACUGACUUAAAGAGUGAUUUCUGGCUGGGCACAGUAGCUCACGCCUAUAAUCCCAGCACUUUGAGAGGCUGAGGCAGGUGAAUCACUUGAGGCUAGGAGUUUGAGACCAGCCUGGCCAACAUGGCAAAAGCCCAUCUCUACUAAAAAUACAAAAAUUAGCUAGAUGCGGUGCUGACAGCCUGUAAUCCCAGCUACUUAGGAGGCUGAGGUGGGAGAAUCACUUGAACCUGGUCGGGGGGCAGAAGUUGCAGUGAGCCACGAUCACACCACUGCACUCCAGCCUGGGCAACAAAGUGAGACUCCAUCUCAAAAAAAAAGAGUGAUUUCUUAUUUUAACCAUUGAAGUGCACCAAAGCGCAAUCUUGUUCCUCAGAUAAUUUACAAAACCGCUUGAGAAAUAGACCUUGCUGUUUUCUUUUCCAGUUUUCUCAUGAGCCAAUUAAACAAUAAGACUUUCUGUCUCCCCAGAUAUAUUAUUUGAGUUCAUUACUGGUGAAUGAGAUGUCAACAAUCAUUG